AUGUCUUCGAAAUCAACAGUCUACACGACCGACCACUCUUCGUCGGUGCUACGCACACAUGGCUGGCGCACGGCGGCCAAUUCGGCAGGUUACCUGAUCCCGCACUUGCGCCCCGAAACGACGAUUCUGGACGUCGGAUGCGGCCCGGGCUCCAUCACAGUCGACCUUGCGCGCCUCGUUCCUCAGGGUCAUGUCACUGGCAUCGAGUACGUGCCUGACCCGCUUGACGGCGCCCGCGCCCUUGCCGUCUCACGCGGCGUCACCAACGUGACCUUUGCCGUCGCCGACGUCCACUCGCUCCCGUUCGACGACGACUCAUUCGACGUGGUCCACGCACACCAAGUGCUGCAGCACAUUGCCGACCCUGUCAAGGCGCUGCGCGAGAUGCGCCGCGUGGCCAAGCCCGGCGGUCUCGUCGCCUGCCGGGAAUCCGCAUCCAUGACAUGGCACCCGCCGUCGCGCAAGCUCGACGCCUGGUACAGGGUGACGACGGAGAUGGCGGCGGCCAAGGGCGGCAACCCGCACCCGGGCAGCCGCAUCCACGUGUGGGCGGAGCAGGCCGGGUUCCCGCGCGACCGCGUCACCAGGGGCGCCGGGUCGUGGUGCUUCAGCAGCGACGAGCAGCGCGAGUACUGGGGGGGCUCGAUGGGGGAGCGGGCGCGGUCCUCUGGCUUUGCGACGAUGGCGCUGGAGGAGGGCUUCUCGACGAAGGAGGAGCUGGAGGAGGUGAGGCAGGGCUGGGACGAGUUUAGAGAGAAUGGCGAUGCGUGGUUUGGGCUGCUGCACGGCGAGAUUCUGUGUCGCAAGUAG